GGAGUAGCCUUUAUAUUAUCAAAAAAGAAAAAUCCGGAGUAGCCUUCCGCGAGACGCUCCCCAGGGCUCCACCACACCUAAAACCCUAGACCACCCGCGGGAGCGGAGCGGAGGGGGAGCCUCGCCCGUCUCGGAUUCCGCCCGGCACCGGCGUGGCCACAUCCGCCGCCAUGAAGCUGACGGUGAAGACCCUCAAGGGCACGCACUUCGAGAUCCGGGUGCAGCCCAACGACACGAUUAUGGCUGUGAAGAAAAACAUCGAAGAGAAACAAGGAAAGGAUAGCUACCCGUGGGGUCAACAACUGCUGAUUUUCAACGGGCAGGUUUUGAAAGAUGAAAGUACAUUGGAUGAGAACAAAGUCAGCGAAGAUGGCUUUCUAGUUGUCAUGCUCAGCAAGAGCAAAACAUCUGGUUCAAGUGGAGCCUCAUCUGCCCAGCCCUCAAGCACUCCUGCAACCAGGCAGCCACCUCCUGUAGAUCCUCCACGACAAGCUCCACAACCCCCGUUGGCAGCAACUACAACUUCUCAGCCUGAAGGACCUCCUGCACAGGCCCCUUCAAACACACAUGACAAUGCAGCAUCAAAUAUACUAUCAGGAAGCAAUCUUGACACAAUGAUUAACCAGCUAAUGGAGAUGGGUGGAGGCAGUUGGGACAGAGAUAAAGUCCAAAGGGCUCUUCGUGCUGCUUACAACAACCCGGAACGUGCUGUUGAAUACCUGUACUCUGGUAUUCCAGUAACAGCUGAAGUUGCUGUUCCAGUUGGUGUUCAAGGAGGAAACACAACUGAUCAACCUCCUACAGGGGAAGCUGAUCUCUCUGGAAUUCCAAACAGUUCUCCAUUAAAUAUUUUCCCGCAGGGGGGUUCCAAUGCUGGAGGUGGUGCUGGAGGUGGACCACUUGAGUUUCUUAGAAACAACCAACAGUUUCAAGCACUUAGGGAAAUGGUCCAAACAAAUCCACAAAUCUUGCAGCCUAUGCUCCAGGAAUUGAGCAAGAAGAAUCCUCAAAUUCUAAGGUUGAUUCAGGAGAAUCAUGCUGAGUUCCUUCAGUUAAUAAAUGAGCCCUUUGAAGAUGGCGAGGGGGACUUCUUAGAACAACCUGAGCAGGAUGAAAUGCCUCAUGCUAUCCAUGUUACACCAGAGGAGCAGGAGGCCAUUGGACGGCUUGAAUCCAUGGGGUUUGAGAGAGCACGUGUCAUAGAGGCAUUCUUUGCCUGCGAUAGGAAUGAGGAGCUAGCUGCAAACUAUCUUCUUGAGCAUGCUGGUGAGGAAGAUUAAGCGGGAAUUGUUUGCACUCGCCUUUUCUGGACAUCUGACCCAAAUUGAUGGAGACUGCCACACUGCGCUGGAAGUUCCGAAUGACAGCAAGUUCGAGAAGGAGCUGACACUUUGAAUUGAUCCCUUGUGCGAGACCCAUAUUACAUGUCACUUUAUACAUUUAAAUACAUGUAACGUUUAAUAGAAUGCUUCUGUAGUGUAUUUCCAUCGUUGCCUUCCGUCAA